CGCCGUCGACGCCCGUCACCACGAUGGUGCUGCAGAACAAGUACAAGGCGAGGGCGUCGAGGCGGUACAAUGCCGCACGGGGAGGCUCCUCUUCGGAAAGAGGCAGAGGCAGGGGCGGCCCGGGAAAGAGUCGAGGCGGCUCGAGGAUGGACAAGGCAUCUUUUCCGGAGCUGAGCGGAGAGAAGGAAGAGGAGGACGGCGAAGGGGACGACGAUGGGGAAGAGCAAGAAGAAUCCGAGGAGGAAGGUGGUGAACAGGAUAUUCAAUCAUCAGAAAGGGGAAAAUACGCACGAAGGAAGCUGCAGAGUAAUGCAUGGCGAUACGAGGAAAAGGAAGUCGACCCCCACGCAGAAGAGGAAGAGGAGGAACCAGAAGUAGAUUUGACAGCGCUUCGAGAAAAGGUGUCCAAGCUAGAUUCUUCGCGCACGACCAACGCGCUGUCCUCUCGAAAGGAGCUCGAGGACAUUCUUGCCAAGCACGACGAGGACGAUGCCGACGUUGAUCGAAGCUUGAGCCAUUUGCUGCACCGACAACGAAUUCGAGAUGGGAAGGGCGAGUCGUCGAAGUUGAUGACUUCGAGAUUUAGGCUAGACGACGCCGAGCUGGCAGAGCUCGAAAAGGAAGGUAGAAGAUUGCAGGAAGAAAAAGAAAAGGCUCAAGGGCCGCGGGCGCACAUGGAGCGCUUUAAAGAAGACAGAGGAAAGGCAACAGGAGAGUCGACAUCGGCAAAGACAAUUUCACUCAACAUUGGAUCGGGGAGAGGAAAGGAGAGAACUACUGAUCAAGAGGAGGCGAAUAGAAGGGCGACCACGAGGAGGAGAACAGCCGAAGUGUCUACUUUGUACGAUGACGACGGCCACGAUGGAGAUCAGAAGAUCCUCGACGAUCUCCUCGAAGCCAGCUUGUCCAAGACGAGGAUCAGACCACCUCAGAAGCAGCCUCAAGGUCUCGGGAAUUCAAUCUCUCCCUCAGAGGACGCCCUCGCCAAGGAGCGGGCACGUACAAAGGGCCAACCAGCUGUCAGGAUCCUGCAAGGCGGCGCACCCUCUGCUUCAAGAACAGAAGGCAGUGCGGCACAGUCGCAAAGCAACGACAAUCAAGAUUUCCUCGAUGGUGUUUUGUGACCUCUUGUCAAUUCAUCACCGUCUUAUGAAAUCUGAGCCAAGAUUGAAC